AUGAGUGCAAAAUAAAGCCACAGCCACUGAAGCCGGGUCAGACGGUGUUUUUCGUGAUACAGCCGCGCUACAUGAACGUGGACAUACGGUUCAUCGUGGACGUGACGCAAGGUGGCCUAGAUUUCUACAUGAGCCCGACGCACGAGUCGUUCAUCGUGCAAACGAACGCCAGCACUGGCCACCACGACAUUCUGCUCGACAGCAGCUACGUGUGGUUCCACGAUCUGCUCGAUCCGGCGCACUCGCCGGCCGACGAGCUGUACCCGCUGAACAUCCAGCCCGCCGGAGGGCCGCUGGCCAGCGAGAAGAACACGCCGGUCUGCGGGGGCAACCAGAACGAGGGCUUCUACGUGACCGAUCGGACGGCCAAGGAUCUCAUCACCUACGUCACGCUGCGCCAGUGCAAGUCCCUGUUGCGCGUGUUCGGUCUGAAGAACCGGCUGGUGGUGACGUUGCCCCACACGGUGCACGCCCUGGGCCAGACCAAGUUCUACAUCGCGCUCCGAGCGCGCCCCGGCCCGUCGGCCAGCUACGGGCUGGUCUUCUUCCGCCAGGACCAACUGCACAUCCAUCUGUUUGUGUUCUUUUCCGUGUUUUUCUCGUGCUUCUUCCUGUUUCUGGCCAUCUGCGUGCUGGCGUGGAAAGCGAAACAGGCCGCCGACAUGCGCCGGGCCCGCCGGCGCCACGUCGUCGAGAUGCUGCACAUGGCCAAGCGUCCCUUCGGGCGGGUGAAUCUGUCGCUCGACUCGACGCCCGACAUCAACGCACUGCCCACGCCGGCCCCGCAACGGCGGCGCACCCGUGGGCUGAAACAUUCCAGCUCGAGCUCGAGUGCUGCGGCCAGUGCCCUGCAGCACCAGCUGUUGCUCCAUCAGCUGCAGAACCCGCUCCACCAGCCGGACGUGGCGCCGAUCGCGCUGGAACCGACGGUCGACAACUAUGCCGCCGUCGGGACCGUCUUCGUGCGCUUGCCGGGCAAACAGAAGUCCCAGAUCACGCUCGCGCUCGCCUCUUCCCUCAUCAUGAUGGGCCGCUCCAGCAGCUAUCCGUCGUACUCGCGCGUCCAGUACCGCCGGCGCAGCUCGCCCGGCCACGGAGCCGGCUGCCAUGGGCAGAACCUGCAGCAGCAGCUGCAACCGCUUCAGCCGGCCUCGCAUGCGUCCCCUCGGCACCACGCCCAUCA